UCAUAUUCGGCUGUAAGUGUAUUGUGCCGUGACACCAGCGGCGGAGCGGCCAGGCGGGAGCACUCAGCAUCUGUAACGACACCUCGCUGCCUCAGUGGGGUCACUUCUCCUCUCCGAGACACGGGAAGAGCGCCGCGAGUGGGAAAAUCCUCUCAGACGCGCACUCUUACACGGGAUCGAUUCUGUGACGACCGUGAGAUUUCACCAAGUAAUGUGCACUAUACGCCAUGGACUGGCCUGUUGUCUUUUUUUUUUCUUUCCUCCUUUCUCUGUCUUCCUUUCUCUUUUCUGCUCAGCUGUGUUUCCUUAUUCAUUGUGCGCCCUUUGAAGAGCAUUAACUAUCCCUCCCUCCAAUCCUAUUGAAAAGGCGGCGAAAAAAAAACAGAGGGAGAUGAGAGCAGCAAAUCCCUUUUUUAUUCCCCUCGUAGCGCUCAAUAAGAGAAGAAUGUGUUGCCUAUCAGUCACCGAGGGGAUCAAGUCUUCGGGACUGUCCCACGCGUUCAAUGCGCCUCGCAAAGCAUCACUGAGAGAGACAGAGUGAGGAGGACUGGCACAGCAGCAGCAGCAGCUUCAGCAGCAUCCUGCCCGGACACUCGGCCUCGUUCAGCAACCUGUCUCCACUCAACAUCCAUUUAAGUCAAUUAGGGCUGCCCGCGUCUCUCCCCUCUCCUCUCACCGGACCGUGCUGUGUCAGGAUGAGGAGUCUGGCGUUGCUGCUGGGAGUGAAAGCCGCCUGCAUCCUUCUGGUGUCCUCGCUCUCGGGAACGGGGGCCGUCAACAACAGCGGCCGUUGGUGGGGCAUUGUCAACGUGGCUUCCUCGUCCAAUCUUCUCACCAAUUCCAAGAACGUGCAGUUGGUCCUGGACCCUAGCCUGGCCCUUCUGAGUCGCCGCCAGCGCCGGCUGAUUCGGCAGAAUCCUGGCAUCUUGCACGCCAUCGCCGCUGGACUGCACACUGCCAUAAAGGAGUGCAAGUGGCAGUUCCGCAACCGCCGCUGGAACUGCCCGACCACCCACAGCCCUGCAGUUUUUGGCAAAAUUGUCAACCGUGGUUGCCGAGAGACGGCGUUUGUAUUUGCCAUUACCAGCGCAGGGGUGACCCAUGCUGUGGCCCGAUCCUGCUCAGAAGGGGCCAUUGAGUCGUGCACAUGCGAUUACCGCCGCCGAGGUCCCGGAGGGCCAGACUGGCACUGGGGGGGCUGCAGUGACAAUGUGGAUUUUGGCCGGAUGUUUAGCCGGGAGUUUGUGGAUUCCAGCGAGCGGGGCAGAGAUCUGCGCUACCUCAUCAACCUGCACAACAAUGAAGCAGGCAGAAUGACUGUGUCCUCGGAGAUGCGGCAGGAGUGUAAGUGCCACGGCAUGUCCGGCUCCUGCACCGUGCGCACCUGCUGGAUGCGGCUGCCCAGCUUCCGCACGGUGGGGGACUUCCUUAAGGACCGCUUUGACGGCGCGUCCAGGGUGGUUUACGCCAACAAGGGCAGCAACCGCGCCUCGCACAGGGCCGACCCCCGGCACCUGGAGCCCGAAAACCCCGCCCACAAACCCCCCUCCUCUAUGGACCUGGUCUACUAUGAGAAGUCCCCAAACUUCUGCUCCUACAACGGCAAAACCGGCACUUUGGGAACCUCGGGGAGAACGUGCAACAGCUCUUCUCCCGGGCUGGACGGCUGCGAGCUGCUGUGCUGCGGACGCGGGUACAAGACUCAGACGGAGAGCGUGACGGAGCGCUGCCACUGCACCUUCCACUGGUGCUGUCACGUCAGCUGUCUGAACUGCACCAGCACUCGAAGGCUGCACCAGUGCCUAUGAUCGGGGGGGGGAAGUGUAGGCGGAUGCUUACGCGUCUUUGAGGAGGCAAGAGAGAACUCCUCAACAUUACCAGCAGCUGGAUCACGGAAGCACAGGGGAUGAAGCACACGGGUGGUUUUUGAUGUCACAGUGGGUUAAGGUUAGCCAAGCUUCAGGACAAGGAAAACAAUACAGGGAACUUUUGUGGCACAAGAAGUCAAUCAGUGUGUUUGGUAGGAGUGAAAAAGCACAAAUCUACAAACAGGGUAACGGAGGAGUAUAUAUGCUGGUUAUUUACCUUCAAUGUUUUGCAAUUUUAGUAUUUAAAUUGAAAAAUCAUUUAUGUAGAAAGAAAAAUAUUCCCUCAAGUGUUUACACUUUUGCUAAACAGAAGUAAAGGGAGAAGGACUGCUGUAACCAGGUACUACUAGAGCCCUGUUUUCCCCCGCUGAGGGAAGAAACUGGACACAAUGUUUCACAGAUGUUUCUGUGGCCAGAAAACCACAAACAUGUGCUCUCAUAAACUGAUGAGGACCUCUAACAAGAGGGAGGUUAUCUUAAAAUAACUGUAUUUUGUUUUCUUUUGCCAAAGUUUUACUCCUCCCUCGUGAAACUGUGUGAAGUUUAUCUCCAGGGAUGGGCUAUCUUUUCCCAGCUUCUGUACUUGAGAUCUGGAUGCGGCCCAAUCCCUCACAUUUUCUCUCUGUUUAGAUUUCUCUGGAGCUAAAUACCCCUUAAACCUGAUCUGCCACUCUGACUUACCGCAGGACAGUCGCAAAGUUACAUGACCAGCGCUCAGUGCAGAAAACAGAAAACUGACUUGAGUAAAUCUGACUGGGCAUGUUUGAAUGUACUACAAUUACACUGAAUAUUAGGGUACGAUUAUUUGUAGUUUAGCUAAAUUCCGGGGUCAGUGUAUUAGAAGUAAAGACUCUAUGUGAAUUACAGAAUCUCAGAAUGCAAGGAUGAACAGUAAAGUAAGAAAAAAAGAAACAUAUGCAGGAUAAAACUAAUCUAAACCUAAGACAGUUGAAAAGGUUGAAUUUCAAGCUGUACAAACCUGUAUAUCAGCUAAGAGAACCAAAAUGUUGUAGGGAUUAAAUAAUCAGAAAAUAUUUAUAAAGAUGAAACUUGUAUGUUUGCCAAAUGCUUUAUUUGCCUGACAGUGGCUGGACAAUAUGCCAUAAGUAGACAGAAUAAUUGUUUUUCUUGCUCUUUUUCGGUUUAAUGUAGCUGACAAAAGCUGACUCUUGCUAGAAACAGAAUAUUAUUGCUCAUAUGCCUGUUUUCUCUAAAAAACAAAAAAAAAAAAA